AUGGCGACUCCAGGCGACAACUUGACAGCAGUGGACAUGAACGUCACGUCCAAUGCGACCGCCUAUGCCUCCAGCCCGCCGAUCUCUUCUCCCCUGAGUUUUCUCCUCUACCACAAGGAUCUCAUCAUCCUGCAGACACAGCUAGUCUCCAGUGCCCUUGGCAUCAUCUACCUGGGAGCCCACGGAGCCUUGCGCAGACCUCCGUCGGCAGCCCCACCGGACAAGACCAAGAAAGGUCGCAAGUCGAGAGAGCCCGAGCCUUUCACCGAGGGCCUCCAAGCAUCCGAUGCCAUCCUCUUUCCGCUCCUAGCAGGUACGGUGCUAGUUGGCCUCUACUACCUGAUCAAGUGGCUGCAGGAUCCGGAGAUCCUCAACAAGAUCUUGAGAGGAUACAUGUCGUUGGCGUCUGUUGCCAGCAUGGGACUUUUGUUCACUGACACGCUUCACUUUCUUACGAGCUUUGUCUUUCCCACUGUCUGGACAGACAUGAGAGGGAACGUUUACCGCGUGGAUCAGGCUGCACAAUGUCAAUGGAAGGUCUACCGUCACUGGCCCUCUCGCAUUCCCGGCUUGCGACCGGCCUUCAGAUCACCCCUUCCCGGAACGCUAUCUCAUAGGUUCGAGUGGCCCAGCAACCCCGGCAGCUUGUGGGCUCUGAGACGCACCCUCAAAGAGGAAUGGACAGUUAGGGUCAGCCUGCACGGACUGCUGAAGGAGAGCUUCCACGUCACUCUCAAUGGUCUCAUCGGGCUCACGCUCUCCCUUGGCGUCGCCACAUACUAUCACUUCACGAAUUCGCCAACGGUCUCAAACAUGUUGGGGUUGGGUCUCAGCUACGGCUCCUUCAUGGUCAUGUCUUGCACGUCAUUCACGGUCGGGUCUCUGGUCCUGAUCGGCCUUUUCUUCUACGACAUCGUCAUGGUAUUCUAUACGCCGUACAUGGUCACUGUGGCCACCAAGCUUGAUGCUCCCAUCAAGCUAGUCUUCAAGGCACCUGGACGGGCCAGCCUCCUCGGCCUCGGCGACAUUGUCGUUCCUGGCAUCUUCAUCUGCCUUGCCCUUCGUUUUGACCUCUGGAGGUACUACCAGAAGCAAGUCAAGUACGUUGACACUGAGCUUGAGACGGAAGUCAAGGGAGACAUCUCUGAAAAGAGUGUGACAACAACCCAAGUCAGGAAGCGGGCAGUCAAAAAGCCUUACAUCAAUCCCCAAGGCCAAUGGGGCAAUCGCUUCUGGACCUUGCCUGUUAAAGUGUCCCCAGUCGCCACCAAGGGACUCUGGGCUGCGGCCUUUCCCAAGACCUACUUUUAUGCAUCUAUGCUUGGCUACACACUCGGCAUGCUAGCAACCCUGAGCAUGUUGGUGAUAUUCAAGCACGGCCAGCCGGCGCUUCUCUAUCUCGUCCCGGGCGUUGUGGGCUGCACAUGGCUGACGGGUCUGAUCCGCGGUGAGCUGCACGAGAUGUGGAUCUACACCGAAGAUGGAAGUAUCGACACGCAGGACGUCAUCGUGGAGGUGGACGCUGAUGGUAAUGUCAUCAAGGAGGUCGCCCACAAGGAGGACAAGAAAGACGAGAAAGACAAGUCGGGCGAGAAGAGCAGCGAGAAGGAAGGCAAUGAGACUGACGGGGAUGCUAAGGGUGCCAAGGACAAGAAGUCAUCUGGUGCUCAUGAUGUGUUCCUCUUUGCUAUCACUGCACCAGGAGAUGCCGAGUUUGAGGAUGAGGAGUGA